GGCGCGCUGCGCACGGCGCCGCCCCCGCCGCCCUCAGGAACCGCCGCCAUUUUGAAGCCGCUGCCGCCACUGCCGGUUCUGUCCCCGCCGCGCUCCCCCCAGCGAUCCCCGCCGCGAUGCGUCCUGGCAUCAAACUCUUCGUGGGCAACGUCCCCGAGGAGGCGACGGCGGAGGAGUUGAGCGAGCUGUUCGCAGGCGCCGCGGGGCCGGUGCUGGGCGUCGCCCUCAUGAAACAGUUCGCUUUCGUGCACCUGCGGGACGAGGCGGCGGCCGCGCGCGCCAUCUCGCAGCUCAACGGGCACCAACUGCACGGGCGCCGCAUCGUGGUGGAGCCAUCCCGGCCGCGCCCCACCAACACCUGCAAGAUCUUCGUGGGGAAUGUGUCGGCCGCGUGCACGAGCGGGGAGCUGCGCUCGCUCUUCCAGCAGUACGGGCCCGUGGUGGAAUGCGACGUGGUGAAAGACUAUGCCUUUGUGCACAUGGAGAACGAAGCCGAUGCUAAAGUUGCCAUCGAAAACCUAAAUGGGAAGGAGGUGAAGGGGCGCCGGGUGAACGUGGAGCUCUCCACCAACGUGCAGAAGAAGGGCACGGGCCAGGCGCCGCCGCCCGCCCUCGGCGUCGACAAGACCAAGCGCAUCGGCCUCGAGUACCGCGAGAAGUUCCAGCCCAAGAUCGAGGGCUUCGACCAGCAGCGCCGGGCGGCCGACGCCGCCUUCCCCUCGGCCACAGGCGCUGGCUAUGCCACCACCCCCUCCCUGUACGAUUACCAGCAGCGCUUCGGCGCCAAGUACGACGCCUUCGAUGCGCAGCCCCGACCCGCCUCCCCCACCUACUUUGGCAGGGACCGCAGCCCGCUGCGGCGCUCACCCACCCGCGCUGGCUACGCGGCGGUGACGCUCCCCAUGACGGCGCAGCCGGCCGCCUACCGCGCCCAGCCCUCGGCCUCGCUGGGAGCCACGUACCGAGCCCAGCCCUCAGCCUCCCUGGGUGUGGCGUACCGCCCGCAGCCCACCACGGGCCAGGCCGCCGCGUACCGCGCGCAGCCCUCGGCCUCGCUGGGCAGCGCCUACCGCUCCCAGCCCUCGGUCGGCUCCCUGGGCGCGGCGGGCACUCAGCCCGCUGCUGCCAACUCCCUCGGCUCCUACAGCGCCCAGCCCGCCGCUGCUGCCUCGUACGGUGCGCAGCCCGCGGCCGCCAACUCCCUCAGCUCCUACGGCGUCCAGUCCGCUGCCCUGGCCUCUUCCUACAGCGCCCAGCCCGCCUCGGGCUACUCAGCCAGCUACAGCGCCCAGCCUGCCAUCGCUGCCUACGGCGCCCAGCCCGCUGCCGGCUCUGCCGGCUCCUACAGCACCCAGGCCGUGGCUGUGCACGUGGCGUCCUACGGCACCCAGCUGGCCCCAGGCUCCUACGGCGCCCAGCCCAUGGAUGGGCACGCCAGCUCCUACAGUGCCCAGCCCGGCGCAGUGCUGUCUGCUGGCUACAGUGCCCAGGCCGUGGCGGUGCACGCCAGCUCUUACAGUGCCCAGGCCGUGGCAGGUCACGCCGCCGCUGCCUACCAGCCUGUGGCCGGCCACUCUGCCUCCUACGGUGCCCAACCCGCGCUGUCCAGCUCGUACGGCGCCCAGCCCAGCGUGGGCCACUCAGCCUCGUAUGGAGCCCAGCCCGCCACGGGCCUGCCCGCGUCCUACGGCAGCCAGCCUGCGGCCGCCGCGCUCCCCGCUGGCUAUGGCGCGCAGACGGGCUCCUCGCUGGCUGCGUCCUACGGCAGCCAGGCCGCCGUCGCUGCCGCGUCCUACAAGGCGCAGGCCUCUGCCCCGCUGACGGCCGCGUACCGGGCGCAGGCCUCCGGCGCCAUGGCGGCCUCCUACCCCGCGCAGCAGCCGUCCUCCACCGCGCUGGCGGCCGCGUACCGAGCCCAACCAGGCAGCGCCUACGACGGGCCGAGCCAGCUGGGGCAGCCGGCGGGCUCCUACCUGGGCCUGGCGCAGGCCGCCGCACCGCCCUACGAGCGCACCCGCCUCUCCCCGCCUCGCAGCGCCGCCUACGACGACCCGUACAAAAAAUCGUCCUCUCUGGCUAAAAGGUACGGCUCCGAGCGCCGUCUGUCCGAGCUGGCCGAUUACCGGCGCUUAGCGGACUCGCCGCUGGCGUACCGCCGCUCGCCCACCAAGUCCCCGCUGGACUACCGCCGCCUGCCGGACGCGCACACCGAGUACGCCCGCUACUCGGGCGGCUACGGCGACUACCUGCCCCCUGCCCGCAUCCACUCGGGCUACCAGCGCCGCCUCUGAGCUGGCCACGGCCCCGCUCGCCGCCCCGCUGGGGCAUGGACGGUUCUUUUUCAGCCGAUUCUUUCUGGUUUUGCUGUUUUGAGUUUUUUAGAAGGUUCCGCGGUUACGGUUGGCAGUGGCCGCAUGGUUCAUCCCCCGCUGGUGCUCGGUGCCGGUUCAUAACCCGCCAAUGGUUGCAGCCAUGCGGCUCAGACUCUUUUAUACCAUGAGUUGUCCCAUUUUUUGGGUGAAUUCCCCGUUUCCAGCGUCAGGCCGGCACAGUGCCGGCAGUUUUUUAUGACUGUAAAUAAAUGCUGGGGUCUGCUCCGGUU